AUCUAUACUUAUUCAGGGCUGAGGCAACUAAAGAUGAUAGAUUUGGAGCUUUAAGUAGGUCACAGUAUGGUCUCCUAAGUUGCCUAGGUCUCGUUUCCUUUACUCUCAUAUGUGAUAAGUUUCAAUUCUUGUAUUUGAUGACCUUAUUUGUUUUAUUUUUCCUUUUCUCGUUCUCUGGUUUGGAGAUUCUCUGUUAUAUUUACUGGGUUUCAGUCAGUUUUGCUCAGAGUUGUCUUCUUCAAUGGCGGCUCUUAACAUUUCGACAAGAAUGUCUCUCCUCAAACCCGAGAGGACCCCUGAUUUUCUACCGUCCUCCAAGCGCCUUAGCGAUUUCCUUGCAUUUCAAUCCAGACCCAAAAAGAAACAUGCCCAGAAGAACCAUGCAUUCACUGUUAGAUCCAUGACGAUAGUCGAGAAGAGAUACCGAGGCCAGCUCAACUCGCCUAAUGGCCUUGCGGGGAGCCCUGACAAGUACUCUCUUUAUGAUGAUCAGUCCAUUGAAUAUUACUCUAUGGGCCAGGCAAGGGCGACUCCGAACAGUCGAAGAAAAACGAAGAUAGUUUGUACAAUUGGUCCCUCCACAAGUACAUAUAAAGACUGGGAAGAUAUCAAGUUUGGAGUGGACAACCAAGUCGAUUUCUAUGAUGUCUCUUUUGUAAAAGAUGCUAGAGUGGUUCAUGAGUUGAAAGAUUAUCUUAAAAGUUGCAAUGGAGACAUUCACGUGAUUGUAAAAAUUGAAAGUGCAGACUCUAUCCCAAAUCUUCAUUCAAUUAUUCCUGCAUCUGAUGGGGAGGACAUAAUUAGAAGGUGUCAAAGAAUGCAGAAACCAGUUAUUGUAGCAACAAACAUGCUGGAGAGCAUGAUUAAUCAUCCUACGCCAACAAGGGCAGAAGUCUCUGACAUUGCAAUUGCAGUACGGGAAGGUGCUGAUGCGGUCAUGCUUUCUGGAGAAACUGCCCACGGAAACGCUGGAAAUCGAAGCUUUUCAUCUAAUGCCCCACUGAUCGAGAUCUCUGAUGCUCAGAUUGUCGUUCCAGAUCUUGCUCGUGACUUGGAAUCAUGUUCGAUUCAUACAAGAGAAACAAGCUGCAAGCAAGAUGUUGAUUACAUGUCUAUUGUCGAGGAUGAAUCUGAAUCUACUUUUCAUGAGGCUUUUCUUAGUCGUCUUACGGAAACUGGUGCAAGAGAAAGUUCAUCUUUAUGUGACCUUCCUAAACAAAUGGAAGGUGAUCAACAGAGAGCCUCUGAACAGACUAAGAACAUCUUAAGUAAUUUAGUUGCUGCUGUUGACAAUUUGUGGUAUCUAAAAGAUGGAAUACAUACUGUAGUCUUGAAAAAACUUUCAGAAAAUGGAUCUUGCAGGCAAAGGACACCAAGUGAAUUAGAUAGAGAGGUUAAGAACUUGAGGGUGGCAUUUACUGACCUGUUUUUGAAGCAUAACACUUUCAAAGAAACUGCAAAGCCAUCGAGAUAUUGAUGCAAAGAAUAAAGCCGAGCUUAGAAUAAUAAGAGGUAAGAACAAGGGCAAGGCAAAGCAGUGAGCGCUGGAGUCUACCUUACAAAUGUACAUGUGGACCGACCUUUUGGGAAGUCGUUUUAAUUUUGGAAAUGUUGUGUAAUUUUCCUAAACUAGGCUUACUCUACUCUUUAUAAAAUAUGUUGUAAUUAAAUGUUAAGUAUGGCCAUACGACUUUUUAAAAUGUUUUUUUAUACUGGUUUUUGAGACAUUUUGUCAAAUGAAAACAUUUAUAUUUCAACAUUA